AUGGACUGCGUCAUUCUGAUGGUCGUAUCAAAGUCAAACGGCUGCAGCACAACUGUAAUGAGCCGUUGUCUUAUGUCGGCCACAUGUCAUUUGAAGAGUCCUGCCGAACCGUUUUUCUGGCAACAGGCUAACAAGCGCACCGAGGCCUCGAUUUCUCGUCUCGCCGCUGUCCUCGAAGAGGCUACCGGCGGCGGUGGUGGUCGUACAGUUUCGUCGUCGACUGCCCAACUUGCCGGACGGUUGCGUGAGCUCGAGACGGCGCUGGCCGAACAGGCUCAGGCUUUGGCCAGCCAGUCGGAUCGAGCUGUUGUCGCGCAACAAGAGGCGCAGGCUUGGCGGGAACGUUGGGACGCUCUACAGACUGGACUGACCGACCAACAACACCAACACGACGUGGAGCUGGCCAGUCUGGAGGCAAAGAGGUCGGAAGUAGAGGGCAUGAAGGCUAGCAACCGGCAGCUGGCAGAUGAACACGAGCAGAUGCGAGCUCGUCUGGAGGAGGAGAUGCAGGCCAGGCAGACGGCAGUGGGUGAAGCAGAACGCUGGAAAGUGAUGGCGGCUAAGGCGCCCUCGAUAAUGCAACGACAAAAGUUGGAGCGUCUCACGGUUCAAGUGGAGAGCAAAGACAAGCUGAUCAAAGUAAGUCACCUUCGGCCAAUUUCAGCCUCACUUACAGACCUGAUUUGGCCAAAUUUGAAGGAAAUCCAGCAGUUUGACUGCAUAUUGGCAAAUUGGUCGUGCCAAGUCAGACGGUUUAUUUAG